GAUUACAUUAGGGCUAUAUUAGAACUACAUUAGGGCUAUAUUAGGAUUACAUUAAGGCUAUAUUAGAACUACAUUAGGGCUCUAUUAGGAUUACAUUAAGGCUAUAUUAGAACUACAUUAGGGCUCUAUUAGGAUUACAUUAGGGCUAUAUUAGGAUUACAUUAGGGCUAUAUUAGGAUUACAUUAGGGCUAUUUUAGGACCAUAUUAGAAGUAUAUUAGGGCUAUAUUAGGACUACAUUAGGACUACAUAGGGGUUAAGUUGGGGGGUUAAGGAUUCAGGCUUUGCAGAAUAAAAUAUGAAUAAACAAACAAAUAAACAAGCUUUUAUAUUGUGCUAAGGAAUGUGACCUAGUGUAUUCUUACUGGAAUAAAAUACGCUGUGGGUUUGUCAUGGUAUAGAAACCACAAAUCUGGAAACAUAGUGGAAUGAAAAGUUUAAUUUGAUGACUUAAUUCAGAUGGCAUUAUGAGAGACUGUAUUGGCACGGUCUAAUGGAAACACUGGAGGAAUUAGGAAACAAUUCUGGGAACAUGCAACACAUCACUAAAAUAGACAUACUGGCCUAGGCUGUUCUUCACAAAACACCAAAAUGAUACGUUAUUUUUGCCAACCUGAGGACUUCUCUGUCUUCUCCGCACAUUAAUUAAUGAAUCAGUAAUGGACCUGUGGGAGGGUGUGAUCAUCAUCGAAAGUAAAAACAAAAUAAUAUCUGUCUUUUAGAUGCUUUAAACACAGCAGCUGGUGUUAAAUUUGAGAUGACUUUAUUAUUUUAUUGCUCAAAUUCAUGCAAGUGUUCCUGUACGUAUAAGAUAGAGAGAACCAGGAACCAGGAAAACGAACUAGAAGAACCAAACAAGGAUCUCGGGAAGGGCAGCAACAGAUCACAACAUGGACAACACCACAGCCGUGCUGAAAGAGUGGAUGAAAUCGGCUCGGAGGCAAUAUCACUACGUGGAGUGGAGACCGAUGGAGGAGCCGCGCUCUUAUACAGACGAGUGGGGGCCCAAGCACUGGCCGCUGUCCCGAUUUAACCACCUGCUGAAGCUCAGACAGGCUGCUCUGGAGGCCGCACGCCACCGAUGGGCCGACUACAUCCUGUUUGUAGACAGCGAUAAUCUGCUGACUAACCCGCGUGUGUUGGACCUCCUGAUAGCAGAGAAUCGGACUCUGGUGGCACCCAUGCUGGAAUCACGUUCUCUCUACUCCAACUUCUGGUGUGGCAUCACCCCUCAGGGCUACUAUAAGCGAACCCCGGACUAUCAGCCCAUCCGUGAGUGGAGGCGUCUGGGCUGCUUCCCUGUUCCCAUGAUUCACUCCACCUUCCUGCUGGAUUUGAGACGCAGCUCUUCUCGCGCGCUGGCCUUCCACCCUCCACAUCCCGACUACAGCUGGGCCUUCGACGACAUCAUGGUGUUCGCUUUUUCCACUCGCGAAGCAGGUGUACAGAUGUUUGUGUGUAACAAGGAGCACUAUGGUUUCCUACCCAUUCCUCUGAAGGCCCAUCAGAGUGUAGAGGAUGAAGAGGAAAGUUUCACACACACCAUCACCGAGGCACUCAUUGACCACCAAGUCGAGCCUUCAGAGUUUGUGUUCGUUCCUCCAAAAACUCAGGAUAAGAUGGGGUUUGAUGAGGUCUACCUGAUUAAUCUGAAGCGGAGGAGAGACCGGAGGGAGCGGAUGUUGAAUUCUCUGGCCGCUCUGGGUGUGGUGGUCACUAUCAUCAACGCUGUGGAUGGCAAGGCUCUGAACUCGUCUCAGCUGCACGCCUUGGGGAUCGAGAUGAUGCCGGAUUAUAAAGAUCCGUAUUCAGGCAGGGUGCUGACCAGAGGAGAGAUCGGAUGCUUCCUCAGCCACCACUCUAUAUGGACACAGAUGGUGGAGAAGGGUCUGGAAAGGGUGUUAGUUCUGGAGGAUGAUGUGAGAUUUGAGCCCAGGUUUAAGAGGAGGCUGCAAACCAUCAUGAAGGAUGUGGAGAAGGUUCAGCUGGACUGGGAUCUCAUCUAUGUGGGGCGUAAGCGGAUGCAGGUGGCGCAGCCCGAGCUCUCUGUGGAUGGAGUGAAUAACCUGGUGGAGGCUGAUUACUCGUACUGGACGCUUGCGUACGCUCUCUCUCUGAACGGAGCCAACAAACUGCUCUCAGCUCAGCCCUUCACCCGCAUGCUGCCUGUGGACGAGUUCCUGCCCGUCAUGUUCAACAAACACCCCAACACGGCCUACAUGUCCCACUUUGAGCCGCGGGAUUUGCGAGCAUUCUCGGUAGAGCCGUUGCUGGUUUACCCGACACACUACACAGGCGAGCCGGGUUACUUCAGCGACACUGAAACGUCCACCAUCUGGGACGACGAGGCCGUCAGUACGGACUGGGACCGAUCCCACGCUCAGAAAACCGCCCAACAGGGCCGCAUUCGGCCCAUCGCCCAGAACAGUGUGACUGGGGAAACGCCACCUCCUGCUGCCCGUGCAUCACGAGACGAACUGUGAAAAGACUCUAGCAAGAAAGAUGUCUAUGAAGGUUUUUAGGUCAUGUACAAGAGUAAGUCAAUAAGUAGACUGUACUAUGAUUUUAAAUAUGUUUUAGCACUCAUGCAAGGUUCUUCAUCAGCUCAAUAGAAAAUAAUAGAAUUGUUAGCACACAUUGCCUCAAAGCAGCUCAGCUAACAUCACAGGUUUGAUGGCAGUAGUAGGGAGGUAGAAGGAGGAAGAAAACUUGUGAACCAAGAUUCAGAAGGGGCAAGAUGAAAGAAAAUACUUAAAUUGUAUAGGAUUCCCAGUUUCUAUGGCGUAUAAGUGGAUGGUUAGCAGUUAGGAUAGCAGUACGCUAAUUAUUAAUGGAAUUAUGCUCUGGGUAAAGGCAGGUUACUUGUACAACGCUUCAUGCUCAAUCAAAGAAAAAGAAACAGGGUUUUGUACAAGACCGGAACAGGAGGUUAAAGACCCUGACUGAUGGUGCAGAAGCUUGCAGACCCUCUUAUCGCGAACAUCAGUACUCUGGAAAUUUCCCACUGCUCUGUACAACUGAUGAAGAACCGCCGAUGAGUGUUGAAACAUUUUCAAGAUGUCGGGAGAGACCUACACACAUACCCACAAGCUCACACUCCCACGGGAUUAACAAAUCACAAUCGUUACCCAUCAGCUACCUCCCUCAUUUGCUGACUGUUCAGCCAAUAGCAUUGCAGCAGGCUGAGAUGCUCAGACAUGAUUGGCUAACACCUGUGGUAGGAGAAGAAGCAAAGGAAGAGGGGGACAAAGGCUCAUGUUUUAAGCCCACUUUAUUUAUUUCCACAGACGGUGUCACUGGAAUUGUCUGUCUGCCUGUCCACAGAUUUGUCCCUGGAGGAUGUUGUGAGACACCUAUAAAGACAGACAGACAAACAAUUACACAUACAAGUGACACACAUACAUUUGGCAGUAUGAACAAAAAUGAUCACAAAACAUUUGGUGUUUUUUAUUUAACUGUAAAUAAAAACUGAUGAUGUCUAACCGGGCGCAGGUGUUGAAUAAAAAAGAGAAUAUCUCUGUGUU